AGAAUACAACUUCACGCUGUCACAAAGCGGAAACAGCGGAAAUGUGUUGUUGUUGACGAUCUAUUCGGAUCGAUUUUUCUAUUUUAAUUAACAGUAUUACGGUAGAAAAUGGUUAAACUAACACCGGAUUUAAUUCAGCAAUCUAUGCAAUAUAUCAAUCCUGUAAAGGAUCGAGAAUUGGAUCUCAGGGGAUACAAAAUACCUACUAUUGAGAAUUUGGGUGCAACACUGGAUCAAUUUGAUACCAUUGAUUUCUCUGAUAAUGAUAUAAGGAAAUUGGAUGGAUUUCCUUUGCUAAAGAGAAUCAAGACACUUUUUUUCAAUAAUAAUCGCAUUGUCAGAAUUGGUGAGGGAUUGGACCACUGUAUCCCAAAUUUGGAGACGCUCAUGUUAACAGGGAAUAUGAUCCAAGAACUCGGGGAUUUAGAACCGUUGACACAGUUGAAGAAUUUAACAAACCUUUGUUUGCUGCAAAAUCCUGUUUCUGCCAAGCCUCAAUACCGGCAGUACAUUGUAUACAGAUUUCCUCAGUUGAGGCUUCUGGACUUUAGGAAAAUAAAGAUGAAAGAGAAGGAAGCUGCUGUUGAUUACUUCAGAACGAAAAAGGGAAAGGAAAUGGUUCGAGAAAUAGCCAAGAAAGUGAAAACACAGACAUCUGGAAUAUCCACGGACAAACCCUUGACAACACCGGAGGAGCGUAACAAAAUUAGGGAAGCCAUUACAAAUGCUUCUUCCCUCGAAGAAGUGCAACGUCUUAGUAAAUUAUUGCAAGCCGGACACAUGCCCAGUGAAGAAAAAUUACAAAAUGGGAAUUCGGUACCCGAAGCAAUGGAAGAGGAGGAUGAUUAAAUCUUCACAUACUUCAUUUCAGAUUUAAGAUAAAUCUUUCUUAUCACUGUAAGUAUAUUGAGUCAAUGGAAAUUGAGAACAGAUUGUUAAGUUGAUAAGAAAUCAAAUUCUACACAGAUGCGUCGACUUGGAACAGUCGAACAUAUCAUUGAUGAUUAAUUUAAUUUGCAUUUUGAUCGGCCCGAAGCGAUUUUAUGGAUAUGUAUUAAUAAUAUUUCUGGGAUCAUGUUUAAUACACGUGUACAUUCAUUUCAGUGGAUAUUUCCAAUAAAAAUAAAUCAUGUUUUCGAAGUGA